AUGAAGAAGUCAACACUCCAAUCUCUGUAUAAGGAAGCUUUGAUUAAGAGAAUUUGGUUAUGGUGUAGUAUGGGUUUUGUUUUAGUUUAUAGUAUGUUGGUGAUUAAGACCUUCUUGGGAAUAGGUCUAAAUAAGCGGGUUUUACAUGUUUUAUCUUGUUUAUGUUUACUAGUUACUUAUGGAUCUUGUGUAUUCUUCCGGACUAAUGCGAUUAACUUGCAGAAGUUAUUGAAGGAUGGUAAUUUUAGGUGUUUAUUAGUGGCUGGGUCCUUUUUAGGGAUGAAUAGUGCUUUGAUACCUAUGUUUCCUUUUAUGUUGAUGACGACAUUAUCGGUGGCGGAGCAGGUGGUGAAGGAGAGAAAGAAGUUUGCGAAAACAUCAUUAUUGGAUGCAUCUUUGCGGUUGACGAGUAGACGGGAUGAAGUGACUCUUUUUGCAUUGAAGGUAGAAGUGAUUUCGGUGCCUUUAUUGGUCUUGCACUUACUGACGGGUAAUGCUGAUAUGUUUAGUGUAGUGAGUUAUGCUAGUAUGGCUUGGUUUGAGUAUGGGAGUAAUCCUUGUAUGCAAAGGGCUGUCCGGGAGUUAGUAGGGAGUUUGGAUCGGAUAAUUGGGACGCCGGGAGUGCCUCCUCUAGUGCAAAGUAAGUACGGGCAGUUGAAGAGGUAUGUGGCGGCUUAUUCACCGGCUGUACCGGCGGCGGGUUCUGAACCGGCUAAAGCUAAAGCAAGUUAA